AGCUGAAAGUUACGGACACUCCCUACUUUAUAGUCACCUCCCCCGGUGGAACAGCUAGUUUUUAAACAUCAAAGAUUUGGUGAAGGUGGGAUUGGGGUUUGUUAUGUUGGGAAGAGGAAGUCCAAGGGUGGUAGCAGCAGCGGUGAGUGUCCCUGGAAAGAGGCAGCAGUCUCUGCCACCUGUUCACAGCCAGUUCGGGACACAGAUGGGAAUCCUUUACUCGGAGCCCAUCUGCCAAGCAGCAUAUCAGAAUGAUUUUCGAGAGCUGAAGGAACUACUGCUAACAAACAAUGUAAACCAACAAGAUGUGCUGUAUGGAGACACCCCAUUAAUUGCUGCUUGCAGAACAGGCAGGGUUGAAAUUGUACGAUAUCUACUGAGAAAAGCAGCUAAUGUUAAUCUCAAGAAUAAGAAAGAACGAACAUGUUUACAUUAUGCUGUAAAGAGAAGGUUCACUUUUCUGGACUAUCUGUUAAUCAUCAUCUUGAUGCCUGUCUUGCUCCUGGGCUACAUUAUAAUGGAAUCAAAGAAGAGUCGUAAUGAAAUGUUGAUCAAGAUGUUGCUGAAUGCUAAAGUGGAUGUAAAUGCAACAGACUAUAAAGGUAACUCAGCUCUUCAUUAUGCUUGCCAAAUGAAAAAUAACAGGAUUGUUUCCAUUCUCAUUAAAGCAAAUGCAGAUGCAUCCAUUGCCAAUAAGAAUGGUGAAACUCCUCUGGAUAUUGCCACAAAAUUGAAGUUUCCAAAAAUUUUGGCUGUGCUGCGGAAGGAAUCCUAGGGUUUUCUGGAAUCGAUAUGUAGCAAAUAAAUAAUUUUUGUACUUGAAA